GGUGUCACGUGCACCUGUCCUCAAUAACAACAAACAAGAUGGCUGAGGUGGCAGGCCCAUCGCUGGAAGUCCGCGACGAAAAUCAAGCGAUCGCAGACGAAGAUCGAGAAAAUAUUGAACCUGAGAAGAAAAAAGCAAAGACAGAAAAAGGAGGGAAGCAUUUACCUUACAACUUGGAGGAAAGACUAAAUGGUAUUCUUUGUUGCACCGUUUGUUUGGACCUACCAAGGUCGGCAGUGUAUCAGUGCAUCAAUGGACACCUGAUGUGUGCUGGAUGUUUCUCACACCUGCUGGCUGAUGCACGCUUAAAGGACGAGACGGCUACGUGCCCCAACUGUCGCUGUGAGAUCAGUAAAACGCAUUGCUCCAGGAACCUCGCUGUUGAGAAAGCCGUGUGCGAGCUGCCAUCUGAGUGUCAAUACUGCGCUAAGCAGUUGCCACGGUGUAAAUUGGAACAGCAUGAGUCGGAGCUGUGCAUAGAGAGAAUAACAGCUUGCAAAUACCUCCGUAUUGGAUGCCCAUGGAAAGGGCCCUUUCACGAGCUGUUUUUGCACGAACAAUCUUGCCUCCAUCCAAAAAAAAGUGGAGAUGAAAUAAUGGAGGCACUAAAACAGAUUGACGAGAGUCGAGCUAGGGAGACCAUGCUCUUUGACAGCAUAUUUAAUUUGUUGUCUUUUGAGAAAAUCACCUUCAGUGAUUUGCAGCUCCGACCAUACCGCACAGAUGACUUCAUCACAAAGCUUUUCUAUGAGACCAGCCGCUUCACUGCAUUCAACCUACAGUGGGUGAUAAAAGCACGUGUCAAUGACGACAUAAAGAACCCGCAUCAAACUAUGCGCCGCAUGCUCAGCUAUCAGCUCGUGCUGAAGAGUAAAAUCCAGGCACCCAUUGACAUGUACUUCAUAGCACUUCAGGGACCAUAUGGUGAGACUAAAGUCAGACCCAUCAUAUACCGCCACGAGUUUUCCGACGACUCUCCCGAGACUGACUAUCACAUUCUUCCCGUGAUAAACUCUAUGGAGUGCAACAAAAUGCUGGCAGCAAAAACUGUUAAUGUCAGACUCAUUCUUUUUCAGGUCCAAAAGUAAUUCGAAGUUGACAAUGCGCAGAGAGUGAAAAAGAGACAUUGUAGAUCAGAUUUGCUCUGAAAAUGGGGCCCAUAAAACGUUUGCGUCAUGUAGAUCAAGGUUCUCUUACAGGUUAUGAAUUAGGUGCAUGCAUAGAGAGAAAACUGUCAAAAAACAGGGAAAGAAUUUUAAAGAACUUUAACUUAUUAAGCAGUCACAGUUAAGUUGCCAUGAUGAUGUCACUUUUAUUAAUCUGUCACCUUAAAUUAUGCUUGCCUUUCAGGUUGAUACUGUCCCUGCUUUCUGAGGUGUGAUGUAGAAUCAAUCUGAAUACCCACACCUGCCGAGAUAUCAUUUUUUAUACAAAAUCCACCUAAAUUACAACAUCUCUAUAUUUACAACUACUGGAUAGUCAGGUUCCAUUAAUUUUUUCUCCAAAAUUCAAUUAUGGUUAAUGAUUUCAAUUAUACACCCUUUUAAAUUGGUUUUGACAGUGUUUUUAGAUUUUUUCAAGUGUCAAAAUUUUGCCAUCCCAUCAAUUGAAAACACUGUAUUUAAAUCCCUUUUCUGCGUAAAUUUUCAAUUCUAAGCUGCCUUACUGUCUGUUGUUUUGUUGUUGUUUUUUUAGAGCCCAAAAAUCUCAUCUUGAAUUUUGAUGCUUAUUACACCUGACUGGGUUUACAGCAUUUUUACACAGUUUGCCCAUUAAUCUGUAAAAUGAAUACUUUUCUCCCCAAGGAUCUGAGUUUGCUGUCAGGUAAAGGUGAAAGUCACCUGUGUGAAGAAUGUCUGUGUGGAAUAUUUCAGAAUAUUAGUGUGUGCCUCGUUUUGUUUUUGUUAACUAGAGAAUUGGUUGUGGUGCAUGUUUUUCAGUGGUGAAAGAGUGAGGGGUUGGAGAGGGGGGGGGGGUGUUAUUGCCACUGAUUAAUUGUCUGCUUUAGGGUUGAACACAAAUGAAAUUGAUAUCAUUAAACAAAUUCAGCUAAAUUGUAUAACUUGUGUUUUAUUUUUAUUGUAAAAUUUUUUUUCUCAUUUUUGCAUUGUUUUUAAAAGUUUUUAGUUCCCCCCCAUAUUUACAUACUUUCCAUUUUUGCCAUUAUCUACAUGUAGGUCAUUAGGUAGGAAACAAAUUAAAAAAGUUAAACCCUUAACAUAACUUCCUAGAUACAGAAUUGACAAAAUCUAUUUGAAUUCUGUAAAUUUGGGUCUUCUAUGAAAACAGGAAAGAUCCCCCAACCUGCCUUAUAUCGCUUGUAGCUCUCUUCUGAAUUAUAUCAUUGAACAUUUAGAUACCUAGUGGACUCUUAUAGGCAUUUUCCCCUUAAUGUUGCCUCUUCAUGUUUUAGUUUGUUGCUUUUUACUGGAAUGAGUGUAGAAGUAUGGAAACGUUUUAAAUACCUCAUGUGCUUGGUUUAAAUGUUCAGAAGUGAUAGAAGUAUUUUUCACUGUAACUUAACGUUUUAAGUCUUCUGCUGCAAGUGGGUUGUUUUGGAUAAAGCAGAAAUGGUGCUGUUAUGUUUUAUUUGUUGUUAGAUUUUGAUGUGGAGAGUUUGAAGGCUGAAAGAUUCACAUACUGGCAUGAUGUGGAUGCUUGUUAUGUGUUGUGCAGAAUGAUGUUCAAUAGUGUGAGAUGUCAAAAUGCACAGUGGUUUUUCAUUACCAUUAUUUUCUGGAGGGAUGACUAUGGAUGAAAGAAAGGGGAAAGUAUUGUUUUCUGUAUGUUUUGUAAAUGUCGAGGAAAAAAAGGCCAGAAAUAAUGCAGUCUUCCUUCAUUUUUUUCUUGGUUUUGUAGUAGUUGUGCCAUGUGUGGAUGCUGAUAAGAAAAGGAUGCAAGGUAACCGAAAAUGUAGAGACUUGAGAUUUGAUUGAGUCUUUAAUAGCCUCUAUGAGUAAUUGGAAUAUUUUUCCUUUGGUGUAACAAUUGCUUUAUAAUCCCAUCAGUAAUUCCAGUUUUGCUCUCUGCCUCAUGGGUUAAACUUGGUAUGAGUAUCUGAGAGAAUAUAGCUCUAAUAAAUAACCCAUGGCCACAGCAUAUACAGAAAAAGAUUUGGUACUGGUAAAACAAGAUUCAGGGAUGUCAUACAGUAUUUCUUGAUGGCCAGUAUUUUUAUUCUGGUGUAAAUACACAGCCUUUUUAUGGCCACAGAAGGUGCAUUUAUUUUCAGGUCUUUUGAUUUUGAUCUGUACAUAAAUGACCCCCGAGCUUCAGAGGGUUGAUGUGAACUUGAUUUCUUUAUGGAAAUUAUCCCAGCAAACCUCUAUAUGUAAAUAAGCACAUAUUGGGAUGUCUUGAUUGAGAGAGAAGUCAAAUUCAGUGCUUUGAAACUCGGGGUAUCAAGUGGUGAGUGAAAAUUGUGUGAAAUUAGGACAUUCACGUUUAUAUUUCUAGUCCAAGUCUCGGCUAAUAUUUUAUCAGACUUAAGGUUUUUUAAGAUCUUAAUGCUGUUUAAGUUGUCAAAAACUCAGAUGCAACAUAGAUUUGGUUUUUAUUACCUAGCUUUUGUGACAUGUUUUGUCAUAACUGGAAAAAAAAAAAAGAGUACAGAAACCUUUACUAUUUGUAAUCUUGCCAACUUCAACAUUGCUAAUAUUGCAAGUUUGUAAUUAGAUGCCAUACUAGUUAAAACAGCCUUAUAGUGAAGCUAUCUUAUUUAUUAUGUCAAUAUGAUCAGUGAUGCACAAGUCGUGAAAACCAAUAAAGUAAAGAGUAGUAUACCAUUU